AUGAGCUUGGAAAAAAGAAUAUAUGUCGGGAAUUUAUAUUCCAAUAUACACGAAUGUUGUAACUGGUUAUAUCCAAAAUUUUCCAAAUUUGGGGAUUUAAAAUCAGAUUGUUUUGAAGAGCAUGAACAUUUUGCAUAUAUCACUAUAGAGUUUAAAGACGAAAUUCAAUAUGGUAAAUUGAAAUCACAAUUUAAUAAUGUCAAAUUCAUGGGCAAUAAUAUAAUAAUUGAUCUAGCUAAAGAAGAUUAUAAAACUAGAUGGGAAAGAGAAAAUAAGGAUUAUAAAUUAAACAAAACGAAAAAAGAACAAAUUUUAAAGCAUCAAUGGGAGUACUACAAAAAGUUAGAAAACAUCAAAAUGAGUUGGAAGGACAGGCGAGAGAUAAUACCCGGGAGAAUGAGAGAAAAGCCUAGAUCUACCCAGGAAUUAAAAAAUGUUACGUUUAGGGUGUUUAAUAAACGAGGUCAAUUGAAGGUUUAUAAGUGUUACAAAGACAAGUUGUGGGGGUAUGAUAAAAAGAAAACCGUCAGAGAUUUAGUUUUCUCGUUUCAAAAUAAAUAUUGGAAAGAUGGUAAUAAUCACAUAGUGGAAAAAUUAGACUAUUCGAAAUCAAAAGUUUUCUUCAAAAAUGGAGACUCUUUGGCCAUAUCUUUAGACGAAAAAUCAACAACAUCACGUGGUGGUUUGGGUGAAAAAAAAGUACAUGGAUUAGAGGAAGAAGGUCAUGAAUAUGACAAUUAUGGGAAUGAUUUUGGGAAAGAACACAAUAAAAACAAUAGUAUUUUAAAUAGUGUAUUAGGGAAUUUCAACUUUGAAACACCUCUAGAUAUUAAACAGGCAGAUGAGGAAUAUGGAUCAUCAGAUUACGAAUUUCAACAUCAGUUUAAUAGUGACGACGACGACGAAGAUGAUGAGGAAAAGGAGGAGGAGGAGGAGGAACAGAUGGAAAUUAAAAAGCCGAAGAAAAAUGACAAAACCUUUAUCCAGCAAAAUAGUUCUGAGAAACAAGGUUAUAAUGGUGAUACGCAGGAAGCUAAAGACGAUAUAUUAGAUGUAGAAAAGUCACAAUCAGAUAUCGAUGAAGAAGAAUUCAUUCCUAAGUUUCCUGCGCAACCACAAGGUAAUAUCAAUAGUACAGAAACUUUAAGAGGGAUAUUUGAGGCUAAUACGAAUGAAGUGCCAUCUUUCCAACUCAUUGAAGAAAAUAAUGAUGAUAUUGACCAUGAAAAGGACCUAAAAGAAGAAAAUAAUACUACUGAGACAAAUGUUUUAGUAGAUAACUUUCAAACAGCAAACAAAGCCCAGGACUUUGGUUUAUUCUUUCCUCAUUUCGAUUCAUACUUUUUAGCCGGCCAAACGCAAAUAGCUAAAAUCGGUAUUAAACCUAUUAAUGAAGAUUUUACGAAUUGGGACGAAACUUUUUGGAAAAACAGAGGUGUCUGGACAAAAGAAAUGAAAGAAAGAAAAAGAGAUGCUAUUAGAAAAUGGAAAAAGAAGUCACAUAAAAAUGAUUCUAUUAUUCUUUUAUGA